AUGUGUCAAAGGGAGUGUGUGUUUUUUGGUUUUAAUCCUAAAAUGAAGAAAUGCCGUACCCACAAGAAAAGUCUAACGUCUGGUAUGUCUGAGGAGGCUGGCUGGAGAUACUACUCAGAUAACGAUUUUUCUAGCAUGCCCAAAGAUUGCAAAGGUCUUCGAGAAAAUGGACACAGCAACACAGGGGUGUAUGAUAUAUACCCCUACAGAACAUUAACCAUUCCAAUAAGUGUCUACUGCGACAUGACCACGAUGGACGGUGGAUGGACGGCAAUUCAGAAACGCGUAGACGGAUCCGUAACCUUUGACAGGAACUGGACGGAUUAUAAGAAUGGCUUUGGUUCACCAGAACAGGAUGUCUGGAUUGGAAAUGACGUAAUCCAUAAAUUAACAAAAGAAAACCCAUCAUCCCUGUAUGUGUCCAUCACUCUCCAGAACGGUACAACGCUUUAUGAAAUGUACGACCGAUUCUCUGUCUCCAACGAAGCAGGAAAAUAUCAACUCUUUCUUGCAGGACCUGCCACGGGGACCCUAGGUAAGUGUAUUCAUGUUAUAUCACAGUAUGUUGGACACCCCUUCUUGGGGAGAUCUAUAUUUGUCUGGGAUGUAUACUUCAGCACACCAGACAGAGAUUUAACGAAUGGACAAAGUGGUUUUAACUGUGCUGAUAACGGUGACAUUAGAGGGGGCUGGUGGUUUAACGGAUGUCACAAAGCCUUCCUUAACGGACAAUGGUCCCCGGAGUCUGGUCUUGUCCAUGGUAAUCCCACAGACGACCAUGUGAGCCCCCUGCUGGUGACAGAAUUCACUGGAAUUCAACAUGGACGUCGGUUCCUUGUGGAAAGAGAAACACCAACCACUCACAUUGACAAAUCCUGGGGA